AAUCUGGUUUGGGAAUUUUCUCGAUCACCCACAAAAUGAAUACCAAGCUUGAAGGUCACAAAGUGGUAAUCCUACUUUGGUACGAUUCACCUCCAGCCUUCAUCCCUCACCUUCAAGCGAAACACCCAGGACUACAAAUCCUUUGGCACAACUGCAAUACCACCAAAGUCUUACCGGAAGGAACUUGGAAAGACACUACCGCGUUGUUGACUUGGGAUAUUAUACCUGAGCUGGAAGAGGUGCCGAAGUUGCAAUUGGUACAACUUACUUCUUCGGGUGCUAAUCAUUGUUUUGGUAAGGGAAUUUAUGAGAAAGAGGACGUUGUAUUCUGUACGAGCAAUGGGACGCAUCCGUGAGUGAAGAACAAAACAGCUGGGUAGGAAGUGAAAGCUGAUUGUUACAGACCUCAAAUUGCGGAAUGGGUUUUUGCUACAUUUUUGAGUUUUCAACAUCGAAUACCGAGAUACAUGGAAGCUAUGAGAGAGGAAAAGUGGACACCAACUCAAAUUCCUGCGCCUGAAGAUUCCGUGGGAUUGAGAAUGUAUGUCUCUUAACUUCUUUCCAUGAUGGUUGUGCGCGAUCUAACAAAUCCUCAAAGUGGAGUACUCGGAUACGGAGCCAUAGGCCGUCAAUGUGCCAACGUCGCAAAAGCAUUUGGAAUGGACAUAAUAGUCUUCACAAUGCGACCUCGUCUCACUCCAGAAUCUAGAAUCGACGAUUCCUACGUCGUUCCCGGAACAGGUGACCCAAAUGGUCUCCUCCCAUCAAAAUGGUACCACGGAACGACCUCGGAAUCACUAAACCAUUUCUUAGCUCAAGACAUAGAUCUCCUUCUCAUAUCAUUGCCUCUCACACCCUCCACUACCGGUCUCAUCGCAAAAGAACAGUUUCACAUCCUCAAAAAGAAGAGAACGUUUGUCUCCAACAUUGGACGGGGCCCUAUUAUUAAGACAGAUGAUUUUAUUGAGGCGCUAGAGGAGGGGUGGAUUAGAGGGGCGGCUGUGGAUGUCACGGAUCAGGAACCGUUACCCAAGGGACAUAAGUUGUGGAAGGCAAAGAAUCUUUUUAUUAGUCCGCAUGUUAGUUGGCGGAGUACAAAGCAUGCUGCUAGGCUAUUGGGGGUGUUAGAGACCAAUCUGGAGAGGUUGAGUAAGGGGGAGGCGUACGUAAAUAGGGUUGAUAAGGUCAGGGGGUUUUAGAUGGGAUUUAGGCUUCAUUUAUUUUCUACGAGGUGGAAUGAGGGUGAGAUUUGUGCACCCGAUUAAAUUGUAGCUAGAUUCUGGAGGCGUAGAAACCCAAAUUCUCUCAAUGAGACUCAUACU